AUGGGUAUGCCAAAAGAAGCGGCUCAAAGAAGCCCCUCAAGGGUGCCGCACGUGUCCUUUGCGGAUGACAUGCAAGUAGUGAGCAUCCCUUCUGACCAAGACAAUCCGUCGGAUGUCUGGAGUAUAUACUCUUACGCAGCGUACACGACGAAGAAGGAGCAACGCUACCUUAAGCGUUCUCUGCAAUCGCGCAUUGACGAAGCGAUCUCCAGCUGCCCCAACCUGUUCACUUUUGCAGACAACGACCAGGAAGGGAAACGAAAUGUGCACAAUAGUGACUCUGACGGACACAUAGGCACAUCGCUCGGAGCUACGCUGAUGGCGAAGGGCUACGGCAAAAGCAUUGGAGCGUGCGCCAUGUACGUGCUCUCAGUGUGGCCUUCCUUCCCUGCUAAACACCGACCCCCAAUGUCUCCAAAGGUGCAAAGGUCGCUCGAGGCGUUGCAGGCUGGAACACGCCUGUACGUCUUUAAUGAAAAGCCAAACUCUCCACUGCGCUGCGGCACAGCAUUGCGUCUCUUGCGCAGCAUCGACGGCAAUGAGGCCAGUAUUGCCAUUUUCAACGCCAUGGAGCCCACCGUCAUCGAUGGUUACAUCCCACUCUCGCUCAUUGUGUCACUUUCUUUUGGAUUGGAACCAGUGGAGCGGCAGCGGCACCUGAAAGGGAGCGGUAAAAUCAUGUGCAGUGACGGCAAGAAGAAGGUGGAGGAAACGAGCAAGCGAGCCUUCACGCUACACUGCGCUGCACCUGAGAGGUUUUAUGUCACCUUCAUCGCUGCGAACCAGGAAGACUUCAACAAGUGGAUUUGUGUCAUCGAUUACUUUGUUUUCCUCAACGCCUAUUGCCGAUCAUACAUGCAGUCGAGCUAG